CGUUCGCGACAUCAGGUCAGUAUGAUAUCCCAGACGUUUCCGCCAAGCAGCCGUCAAAGCGGGUUGGAUGUCGGCCGCAGUAACGCCGAGCGAGGCGAGGGGUGAAUGCGAACCUCACGUGAGACUUCGUAGGUCGAACAAUAGCAACUAUGUAAAGCUCAACCUGGGGCCAAUAGCGCACCGAAACCCUCAAUGAACCAAGUAUGAAACUCUCUAUCGUGCUCACCACUGCCUUGGCGGGUUGUCUCUCGCCUGUCCUCGCUGCCACAGAGCAGGUGGUACUAAAUGGUGAAGCAGAGGCGAGGCUUCAGCCAAUAAAUGUAGCGAUUAUUGGUGCCGGGGCAGCUGGUUCUUCGUCGGCUUACCAUCUGGCCAAGUUUGCCGCCUCUGCUGGCUUGCUGGUCAACGUCACGGUUUUCGAGCGAAAUGGCUAUAUUGGAGGCCGCUCAACGACUGUGAACGUCUAUAACAGGUCUGAGUACGCUGUAGAACUGGGGGCAAGCAUCUUCGUGACGGUCAACAAGGUGCUUGUCGAUGCGGUAAACGAGUUCAACCUCUCCACAGGCAGCAUGAUCGCCAGCCUUGAGCAUAUCCCAGGCGCUGCACUCGCUGUAUGGGAUGGCAAGGACUUCGCAUUUGUUCAGGAUCGCGAGAGUACUACUUGGUGGGACACGGCGAGGAUGCUGUGGAAGUACGGCCUUGCGCCGGUACGUACCGUCAAUCUCAUGAAGUCAACAGUCGGCAAGUUUCUGAAGAUGUAUGAUGAGGCCUACUUCCCGUGGUCAUCAUUGUCACGGGUUGCGGACAACCUGGACUUGAUGUCAGCGACCUCGGUAUCAGGCGAGCAGUAUCUCGCCACGAACGGUAUCACCGGCGCUUUCGGACACGAUGUGAUUCAAGCCAGUACGAGGGUCAACUAUGCUCAGAACUUGCGACACAUCAACGGUCUCGUGUCUAUGGUGUGCAUGGCCACAGACGGCGCGAUGUCCGUAGAGGGCGGUAACUGGCAGAUAUUCGACCAGAUGAUCAAAGCAGCAAAAGCAACAACCAUGUUGGAAACUAAUGUAACGGGGCUGAAAAAGCGGCAGGACGGGUUAUAUGAGUUGACUUACGCACCCGCUCAUGACUACUCGGAAGCGACGUUUCCAACCGCAUCCUUCGACGCAGUCAUCUUGGCUGCACCGCAUCAGUUCGCCAGCCUUCAGAUUACGCAGAACAGUUCAAUGCGCCAACCAGACCCUAUACGGUACGUCCAGCUGCACGUCACACUCUUCACCUCGCCUCAUCUGCUGUCGCCCGCGUACUUCAACAUGGCGGCCGGACAAGCUGCACCUAAAGUUAUCCUGACCACUCUGCAACCGAACGAGCAACCUCUUGAAGGCCCAGCUGGUGCCGGCCACGUUGGCUUCUUCAGUAUCUCCCUUCUCUCUCCCGUCUUCAACCCGCAGACCGGAACGCCAGAAUACCUGUACAAGAUCUUCUCGCCUUCAGCGCUCACCUCGGAGUUCAUGGCCGGCAUACUUGGCCUGGACGUGACCAAACAUGUACGUGACAGCGAUGUUACGUGGAUGCACCGGAAAAUCUGGGAUUCGUACCCGUAUGAGGUUCCGAGGGCAAGCUUUGAGGAUAUCCAGCUCGACGACGGCGUGUGGUAUACGGGCGGCAUGGAAGCCUUCAUCAGUACCAUGGAGACCAAUGCGUUGAUGGGCAUGAACGUGGCGAAGCUUGUCAUUGAUCAGUGGACGGGAAAGGUACUUCAUCGCACGGGAGAUGGAAGCAUGGAGGAGCCUGACAUGUGGUCGCAUACAGCAGCUCUGUAAGGCCUUAGAUACAGCGGAAGCCUUUGCUCACUUCUUGCAUUUACGUGCGCUCUUUCCUGGUUCACUUUUCGCUUGAUCAGCUUUGCACACGCCCAUGGUGCUAACACCUUGUCUCACCAUCGAUUCCUGCCUUGCCCAUUUAAGAUCAGCUCAAUCCAAACCUUUAGCGCGUCUACAUAUCUUGCCAACAUGAUGUGUUGAUCAGCUUUCGUCGAGC